AUGGUAAGAAAGGAGUAUGAGCAUAAGGCUACGUUAGUGGAUGGAUUACCGGUGUUAUAUUGUAAGUUUGGCAAGAAUAAACCCUGGGUUAACAUUACUUCCACAAGGUUCAAUAUUACAGAUUUAUCCUUCAAAGACAAGGAUAACGUUACACACUCAAUUUCAGAGUGUGAAGUAACAAUUAACGAGUUGGUGGUAAAAAUACUGUUAAACUUUGAUGUAAGCCAAAUUUUAUUUAAAAAUGAGGUGGUUUGGAGUUUUUAUCGUGGGUUCUGGUCAGGGUAUCCGAAAUACAUCCUGUUUGACCUCUUGUGUAAUCUGUUUUUACUUGUGUUUGACCAUGGGAUUGUGAGAAAGUUGGAUACUAAGUUCACAGAUCGUAAGCAUUUAGAGGAAAAGGAGCUUAAACGUCUUGAGGAGGAAUUUGGUUUGUUUGUAUUUAAAGGGAAGCCUGAAGUUGUAAACUACGGAGACGAACUCAUUUGGAAACAUUUACCAGGCGAACCGUUACCUGACAUGAUGUUAGUAGACCAGGAAACUGGCGAAAUUGUCAUCUUCUGCGAGGAUAGAUACUUUGUAGUCAGGAGAGAACACGGAACAAUCUCACGUGAUCAACAUGAAUUCACACAAUUCCACAAAAAACUACUCAGCAUCUUCAACCGGAAAACACCAAAAACUUGCUUUUGCAUAUACUCAAAUAAAUCUUAA